ACUAAACGCUACCUUUCUCCACCUUGCGUUUCUCCCGGUGCUUGGCAACCGUGCAAGGAAGAGCGUGGCGCCGACUGGGAGACCGGACACCGGUGAGCUGUGAGUGAAAAGGUUGGUUGACGGCAACAUCUCUGCCUAACAUUCCUCUUGCUGGGAUCACUCAACUGCCAAGAUGCUGGAGGAAGAUAUGGAAGUGGCUAUUAAAGUGGUGGUAGUAGGAAAUGGUGCUGUUGGCAAAUCAAGCAUGAUUCAGAGGUAUUGCAAGGGAAUAUUUACUAAGGAUUACAAGAAAACCAUUGGCGUGGACUUCUUGGAAAGGCAAAUUCAGUUAAAUGAUGAAGAUGUACGUUUAAUGUUAUGGGACACGGCAGGCCAGGAAGAAUUUGAUGCAAUAACUAAAGCUUACUAUCGAGGUGCCCAGGCUUGUGUACUUGUAUUUUCAACCACAGACCGAGAGUCACUUGAAUCUAUUCCCAGCUGGAGAGAGAAGGUGGUGGCUGAAGUUGGUGAUAUACCCACAGUUCUUGUCCAGAAUAAAAUUGACCUCCUUGAUGAUACUGUUAUCAAGAACGAAGAAGCAGAGGCACUGGCAAAAAGGUUAAAGCUACGAUUUUACCGGACAUCAGUUAAAGAAGAUUUAAAUGUUACAGAAGUUUUCAAAUACUUGUCAGACAAAUACCUUCAAAGGCUAAAACGCCAAACUGCAGAAGACAAUGAAAUGGUGCAUACAACCAGCAACAAGAUUGGAGUCUUUAACACAGCUGGUGGCAGCCAUUCUGGACAGAAGUCAAACGGCCUUAAUGGUAGUGGAGAUGUUAUCAACCUGCGGCCAAAUAAACAGAGGACCAAGAAAAAUAAAAGCCCCUUCACCAACUGCAACUUGAUUUAAAACUGUAUCACGACUGGGGGCUAGAGUGCAAUCAUAUGAAAACCACCUGGGGCCACCAGCAGUCCUAGAGUCAGUCCUAGAGGCACCAGCAGUCUUGUAACUGAAGAUGAAUAGCUAAUACUAAGAACUGCUUCUGGAAAAUAACAUAAAAACAUCAUGGGUAUACCUAGCUGGAAACAGAGGUACCAUGGCUUGUUUAUUUGAUCAAAAUGUAUGCUGCAAAAUCAGAUUCUUACUGUUCACUGAACUAAAGAUUCUGUAGACAGGAAAACACUAUUUUUAGAAUUAUAAGUAAGCACACUGACACUAAAAUUUCCCUAAGCGGGUGCUGAGCACUGCCGAAUUGCCCUGUGGCUCCUGUUAUCCUCCCUAGUGCCCCCCCCCACACUGCUGUUAAGAAUUAAGUGUAUGCUGUCUUAUUGGCUGCAAGUUCACUGGGUCUGGAAGAUUUCACACAACGCACUUUAUAUCUGCUAGCCAAGAAGCAACACGUUGACUCCUUCUGGUUUUACCGGUCAAUAUAAAAUACUCGGAUCAUUUGAUAUGUAUUAUAUCUAGUCUUAAAUAUGAGUGUGCUUCAACUCUAUCAGUGUAAAGAGGUCAGGUAAGGCAAGAGCCUGGUUAAUUCAUUAAAGGGGAACUAUCGUGAAAAUGAGAAUUUAAUAUGUGCCUCAGCCAUACUGAAAUAAUAAACUUUGUAACUGCAAUCAAUUAAAUAUUCUGUAUUGUUUAUGAAAUAAUCAAGUUUAUCGUCACUAUUCCUCUUUCAUAAUCUGUUUGUCUUCAUUCUGUCUUCAUGCAGUAGUUCGGUGUAUUCAUUGACAGAUCCAAUGUAUGUUUUGCCUAGAAGAUGUAUUAGAGAGCUCACUUUUAAAAUCACUAAAGAUCAUGUCUCUCUACAUGCAGAAUUUGUACAAAAGGAAGUUAUUUUGUUAGAUUUUGUUUGUACUGGAAUCAGUUAUUUGGGUGAACUCUUAUACAUCUGCUAGGAAAGAAAGCCCCUCCGUAUAAGAUAUAUUGGAUCUAACUGUCAAUGAAUAUCUGACACCCAACUACUGCAAGAACACAGAAUGAAGAGAAACAGAUGCUGAGAGAGGGAUAGUGAACAUAAACUUGGUUAUUUCAGAAACAAUGCAGAAUAUUUAAUUGAUUGUAUUCAGGACCCUCAUCAGAAAACACAGGGCCCCAUACGACAAAAUUUCCUGGGCCUCAGGGCUGUGCCCACUGCAAGCCCCACCACACAGGUCCGCCUCCCACCACACAGUAAAAAAACAAAAAAAAUAUUGGUGGCUAGGGUUUCUCACAUGUUAAUAAAAAA